UAUACCAGACCCUGACCUACAAAGAGUUAACGCUUACAUUGGCUGUCCAGGCUGUGGAAAACGAACACAUCUUCCUAUUGGAACUCGUUUCCCUUGAAUUUCUUGCAAAAAAUCAGAAACAACAGCUGCUUACAGAGUGACUUUCAAGUUUGAUGCUGCAAAUGAAAGUGGAACAAUGUCAUUUACAACAUUUAAUGAUGACGCGGAAAAGCUUUUCCGAAAACCAGCAAGUGAAAUUUGGAAUAUCAAAAGCACUGGGAAUUUGGAAGCCUUCAGAGUAGUGCAAAGAACUCUUUCCACUAAGCCAUUCUUCAUUCAAGUAACUCCCACUCAAGAGUUAGCCAUGAACAGCGUGCUGCUGUGGACUCUCAAAGGCAUUGAUGUAGGGGAUAAUGAACCAGAGGCUCAGGAUCUAGCCUCAACAAGGCCUGAGACCUGCACUGUGAAUAGAGAACAGUUCCAUACUUCACCUUUAAUGUCCACAGCUAAAGCUCGUGGGAAAGCACCUGUUAUUGCUGACCCUGAUAACGAUGCUCCUUUCAACACAGACAGUGCAGCAGCAUUUGAUGAGGCUUUUGCUGAAGCAAUGCAAUUUCAAGAGAUCAGAUUAGCUUCACAGGCAUUCGACACAGAUUGUUUUGAUAUUGCAAAUCAACCAGCAAGCAAGGGUAUUGUCAUUUCAGAAGCACCAACAGCAGCUGCUGAACUACCUACUUGGGCCAAACUUUCUCGGCCACGAAGCAAUGCGAAGAGUAAGGAAGCGAUGAUUGCAGAUGUAGACAUGGACACAGAGGAUGAAGAUCCUGUUCCCAGGAAGAGGCUCCAUACAGCUCUUUUCAAGGACACCGCUGAAACAGAUGAUGCUGACACCACAGACUCUGCAACACCCAGUCCCACUGAUGCAUAAUCGAAAGCAAUCUAAAGUUUAUGAAAGUGCACCGUCUUUUGCUCUUAGAGUUUAGUUUUAGAGUAUGGUAGUUUUCUAAGAAUGAAGCAGCUUUUAGAUGUUUAAAAGGAACAUUUUGCUCAUCUUAUGUUCCCAAUAAACAUCAUUUAUGUAUAUAGUCAUGCAGUCAUGUAGUAAGCUAAGUUGUGUAGUAAGUGCAAGCUUUUGGACAUCCUAUUUGAAGUUAGUUAAGAACAUCAGUUAUGUAAGUGUUUAUGCUAUCAGCUCAAGCCUUAUAAGUUGGCUGUAAUGUAUAUAUUAAUAUCCUUAAAUCAGGAUAUCUAUAUAAAUAAUAUCAAAUAUAUUAAGUAAA